CUCCCACAACCCUGUAGCAUGUAUAUAAACUGUGAGCUCUUCAAAACUUUUUGCCAGUUCUCUCAUUAGACUAGGCAGGAGGAACAGGGGAUUAAGGAUGAAGAUCCUUUUUUUAGCCACCUUCACCAUUUUUUUGCUGUCUGCUUUUCAUCCAGCAGACUCUUCUGCUCAUUAUGACAAGAUUUUGUCCCAUAGUCGAAUCAGGGCACGUGAGCAGGGUCCAAAUGUCUGUGCUCUUCAGCAAGUUAUGGGCACCAAAAAGAAAUAUUUCAGCACCUGCAGAAACUGGUAUCAGGGAACUAUCUGUGGGAAGAAAGCAACUGUCUUGUAUGAAUGUUGCCCUGGCUACAUGAAGAUGGAUGGAAUGAGAGGUUGUCCGGCAGUUGCUCCUAUUGAUCAUGUUUAUGGUACCCUGGGCAUUGUGGGAGCAACCUCUACUCAACGGUAUUCUGACAUGUCAAAGCUGAGAGAAGAGAUUGAAGGACGGGGAUCAUUCACAUUCUUUUCACCAAGCAAUGAAGCUUGGGAGCUGUUGGACCGAGAAAUUCAUAGUAAUUUAAUUGACAAUGUAAAUAUUGAACUAUACAAUGCCCUCCACAACCAUAUGGUAAACAAGCGUAUGUUGACAAAGGAUCUUAAGAAUGGCCUGACUCUUGUAUCCAUGUACAAUGAUCAGCAGCUGCUUAUUAAUCAUUAUCCUAAUGGGGUUGUUACUGUUAACUGUGCCAGAAUCAUCCAUGGCAACCAGAUUGCUACAAAUGGUGUCGUUCAUGUCAUUGACCGUGUCCUGACCCCUGUUGGAAAUACCAUUCAAGAAUUUCUUGAAGCUGAGGAUGAUGUCUCAUCUCUAAGAGCUGCUGCCAUCACAUCUGGUGUAUUGGACACACUUGGAAAGCCUGGCCAUUACACACUCUUUGCUCCUACUAAUGAAGCUUUUGAGAAACUUCCACGAGGAAUCUUGGAAAGGAUCAUGGGUGACAAGGUGGCCUCUGAAGCUCUCAUGAAGUUCCAUAUUUUAAACACUCUUCAAUGCUCUGAAGCCAUCAUGGGUGGAGCAGUCUAUGAGACCUUGGAAGGGAGUACAAUUGAAGUAGGUUGUGAUGGUGAAAGCCUGACUGUAAAUGGAGUCAAGAUGACAAACCGCAAAGACAUUGUGACAAGCAACGGUGUUAUCCACCUCAUUGACCAUGUGCUGAUUCCUAACUCUGCCAAGCAAGUUAUUGAGCUAGCAGGUGACCAGCAGACCACCUUCACAGACCUUUUGGCACAGCUAGGAUUGACUUCUUCUCUAAGGCCAGAGGGACAAUACACUCUGCUGGCUCCUCUGAAUGGUGCUUUCUCAGAUGACACUUUGAGGAUGGACCUACGCCUUCUUAAACUGAUAAUGCAAAACCACAUUUUGAAAGUGAAAAUUGGCCUCAACGAGCUCUAUAACGGACAGAAGGUGGAGACCUUGGGAGGAAAACGACUCAGAAUCUUUGUAUAUCGCACAGCUGUAUGUAUUGAAAAUUCAUGCAUGGUAAGAGGAAGCAAAGAGGGAAGGAAUGGUAUUAUUCACAUUUUCAGACAGAUCAUCAAACCAGCCGAAAAGUCACUGCGUGAAGUUUUGAAGAAUGAUAAACGCUUUAGCAUAUUCCUUAAUCUGGUGAAAGAUGCCGAUUUAGAUGAUGUUCUAUCACAACCUGGAGAAUGGACUUUGUUUGUCCCAACUAAUGAGGCCUUUAAAGGCUUGACGGAUGAGGAAAAGGAAAUACUGAGAAGCGACAAAAACGCUCUCAGGACUAUUCUUCUGUAUCACCUAACAAAAGGAAUUUACAUUGGAAGCGGUUUUGAACCUGGUGUGACAAACAUUCUCAAAACUAUCCAAGGAAGCAAACUGUUCUUGAAAACAGUAAAUGACACACUUCUGGUGAAUGAAGUGAAAUCAAAAGAAUCUGAUCUCAUGGCAACUAAUGGUGUUAUUCACGUUAUAGAUAAACUCUUGUAUCCAGUAGAUGUACCUGUUGGAAAUGAUCAGUUGCUCACCAUCCUUAAUAAGAUGAUUAAAUACAUUCAGAUUAAGUUUGUUCAUGGAAGCCACUUCCAAGAGAUCCCCUUGACAUUUUUCAAAAAACCAGGUAGAAAAAUCACGAAAGUAGUUGGUGGUGCAACAAUUCGAAAAGUUACUCAAGGCACGAGAGUGAUCGAAGGGGAACCAGAAUCAAAAUUGUUUAGAGAAGGCGAGACAAUAACUAAAGUGAUUCAUGGAGAGCCUAUUAUUGAAACAUACACCAAAAUAAUCGAUGGCCAUCCUGUCGAGGUGACUGAAAAAAAAAUGACAGAAGAGAGAAUUAUUCAAGGUCCUGAAAUUCAAUAUACCCGAAUGACUGCAGGUGGUAGAGGAGAUACAGAGGAAAAUUUGAAGAAAUUGCUUGAAGAAGAGGUUACCAAGGUGACCAAAUUCAUUGAAGGGGAUGGUCAUUUACUUGAAGAUGAAGAAAUCAAAAGGCUCCUGCAGGGAGCUGGAACUGAGUACACCAAGGUUACUAAAGUAAUUGAGGGAGAGCCACAGAUUAUCGAGAGAGAAAUCAAGGAAGUCCAUCUGGAAGAUACAGCAGUGAGGAGACCAAAACCACCCAAAAAGGCACAAGGAACACCACGGAGAAGGACAAGGCUAGUUCAUCCUUAGAGAUUUCCAGUGAGAUAGAGUCCAUAGAACUAAAAAUGAAAAGACUGAUCUUUGAGAGGAAAAGAAGUUGUUUUAAAAUAAAAUCAAAAGGAACGUGUCAUUUGCUAAUCGAGUAUAAACUGAACCAUGAGCCCACACAAAGGGUCUGAUUGUGUAAACAUUCACUACUGGGCUUAGUGCCCACUAGCGUGAGUAGUCUAUUAAAGUAAGUGAGACCUCUCUUGGUAGUAAGCCUUAUUUAGGAUGAAUUGCUGGCUGCACGGAAGUCAAUAGCAAAACUCCCAUUGACUUCCGUGGAGCUGAGAUUUCACCCUGUGCCUGGUAAUAAGUGUUUACAGGAUUGGGCUCAAACUGAGCAGGGAACAUUUCAGAAUGUAAAUUUUAUUAUUUCUUAUAAAUGAGAAAUAUACAUGAAAUUAGAUCAUUUCUAGAAAUAUAUAGUUUAGGUGACUUGAUGUUGGGUAAUCUAGGGAGAGCUCCAUAAACCUAGCACUUUUGGUUCAGUAAUAUCAUGCAUUUUGAUGUCGACUUUUGUCAUGUUUUUAAUGUCAUUAUGACAUAACAACAUUACCUUUUUUAAAUUAACAAUUAUACCAUAUAUUAAAUGUAUCAUUUAGUUCUGCAUUACAUAUUCAAACAUUUCCUGGUAAUAUGGCUAAAGGAUGUUCUAAAAAAAAUCACAAAUAAGUUUACUAAACUUAUUUGGUGUAAGAUGGUGCUGGCUACAUUUUCAUCUAUUAAUAAAAAUAAUUCCUAUUAUAAGACUCCUAUGGAAAACACAAAACUUAAGAUACUAAAGGGAAAACAUUUUAAAUAAGAAUGAGCCCUUGAAUCAUUAAAUUAUAAGAGAUAAAUAAAAUGCAUGCAAACUGUUACCUCUGCAUGAAAACAAGCAUAACAAUAAUUGGGGCUUGAUAUGAAAGCUUUUAUAUCAAAACAUGCUUUGCUAAUGUCUGGUACUAAUGUGGAUUUGUUUGUAAAUUAUGUCAUUUUUAUAACUCUAGUUUUGUACUCAUAAAAUGUUUAAUUCAUUUGCCUUUUGCAAUAUUUUAAUGUCAAAUGUUGGAAUGCAACUAUUUGAGAGGAAAGAAAAAAUAUUUCUUCAAGGUGCCUUAAUUCUGCAGAACCAAGGUUGAAGAGGAGUCAUUAGAUGUGCUAUUAUUCUUCUGUUUUGAAACAAAUACUCAUUAAAAAAAGUCGCUGAA